AUGGGAAGUCCCCUGUGUGUCUCCAUUUUCUUGCUUUUGAGCAUCUGUAUCCAAUCAAGUGCCUUUGGACAAAGCCUUGGACUAGAGCCGCCUGGAAGGGGAGCUCGCGCUGCCAGGAAAAAUGAAACGUUGCAGGAGACGAAGACCAGGUUCCUGCUCUUUGAGGGGGAGACGGAUAAGGGCUGUCAGAUCCAGCUCCGCCGCCCGGACACGCUGCAGCAGUGCGGCUUCAACGCCUCUCUGCCGCUGGUGAUGAUCAUCCACGGGUGGUCGGUGGACGGGCUGCUGGAGGAGUGGAUCUGGCAGAUGGUGGCCGCGCUGAAGUCCCAGCUGGCCCCGCCGGUGAACGUGGCGCUGGCAGACUGGAUCACCCUGGCCCACAACCACUACGCCAUCGCCGUUCGCAACACCCGCAUCGUGGGCCAGGAGGUCGCUGCACUUCUGCAGUGGCUGGAGGAAUCGGCUCCGUUUUCCCGAAGCAAGGUUCAUCUCAUCGGGUACAGCCUGGGCGCGCACGUCUCGGGGUUUGCUGGCAGCUACAUCGGCGGGAAGCGCAAGAUUGGGAGAAUUACAGGGUUGGACGCUGCCGGCCCUCUGUUUGAAGGAACCUCCUCCAACGACCGUCUUUCACCAGAUGACGCCAACUUUGUGGACGCCAUCCACACCUUCACCCGGGAGCACAUGGGCCUGAGUGUGGGCAUCAAGGAGCCCGUCGCACACUACGACUUCUACCCCAACGGGGGCUCCUUCCAGCCUGGCUGCCACUUCCUGGAUCUCUACAAGCACAUCACCAAGCACGGCCUGAACGCCUUUGCCCAGACCAUAAAGUGCGCCCACGAGCGGUCGGUGCACCUCUUCAUCGACUCCCUGGUGCACCCCGACCAGCAGAGCACGGCCUACCUGUGCAGCGGCAUGGACAGCUUCAGCCAGGGCCUGUGCCUGGACUGCAAGAAGGGCCGCUGCAACACGCUGGGCUACCACACCCGGAUGGGUGGCAAGAGCAAGAAGAGCAAGCAGCUCUUCCUGGUGACGCGAGCCCAGGCCCCAUUCAAAGUGUAUCAUUAUCAGUUCAAGAUCGAGUUCCUCAACCAAAUUGAGAAGCCAGUGGAACCGACAUUUACCAUGUCACUCCUGGGAACAGAAAACGAAAUAGAGAAAAUCCCCAUCACCCUGGGCGAAGGAAUAACCAGUAACAAAACCUACUCCUUUCUUAUCACUUUGGACUCGGAUAUCGGCAAGCUGCUCACAAUCAAAUUCAAGUGGGAAAACAGCGCCGUGUGGGCCAAUGUCUGGAACACGGUCCAGACCAUCAUCCCGUGGGGCAGAGGGCCCCUCUACUCAGGCCUCAUUCUAAAGAACAUCCGAGUCAAAGCAGGAGAGACCCAGCAAAGAAUGAUAUUUUGCUCAGAAAACAUAGAAGACCUACAACUUCACCCAACCCAGGAGAAAACCUUUGUGAGAUGUGACGUAAACUCUAAAAAAAGGAAGCGAAAGAACAGAUGA